AGAAAGGAGUCAUCACUUGUGUUAUUAGUUCCGCUUGUGUUUUCCUUGAGAUAAAAUGUGUUUUAAAUGGUUCACACAGUAAAACAGAAUCAACCUACUUAACAUUUGACUCGUUACACAAUCAUCGGGUUAAAUACAAACACAAUACAUUUGGAUAAUUUAAUUGCAUGAAGUUGUUCUUCAUGAAACCACCGCACCGACCUUGGAGGCUUUAAAACGAACCACCCAGGUGAUGAGAGAAGCUUCCCGGAGGAACACACCGACUCUCCCGCCGCCGUACCUCCACCUCCCCGUGUUUCUGGACUCCAGGCUGCCGCUGGUGGAGAAGGAGCAGUUCUCCCCGUCCAGAGGCACCGGGCUGGAGACGUUACCGGAGCCCGUCCGGGGAGUCCUGCUCCCGGUUCUGGCGAGCACCACUCCGCCCAGAGCUUCGGGUUUUUCCGUCAGGACUUCGUGUGAGCGCAACAAGAUGCUGGUGCAGGUGCGGAGGAGCGUUUUAGGCACCGGUGAACCGGACUCUCAACUCACACUGGGGACAUGCCAAGCCAGUAAAUCCACAAAGGAGUACUUUUAUUUUCAAUAUGACGUCUUCAUGUGUGGAACCAAACGCACGAUAAUUAAUAACCAGGUGGCCUAUUUAAACACGCUAAAAUAUGAUCCACCAAGGAUCCGAGGACCAAUCAGGAGAGCCGUGCCCUUCACCCUGCCUGUUGCAUGUUAUUAUAACAGGUACCAAUACUCCUACAAAAUUGGCUACACACCAAAGAUGCGGCUGCACAGGAUCUUCACACCAUUGAAGAACAGAGCAAAAUUCAUUCUGACUCCUCGAAAUGCUCAGUGGGAAAGGCUUUCGCCGUCAGAUCGGUACGAGCUCGGGACGCCCAUGUACUUUGAGGCAGAGGCUCCGUCCAUGUCCCGAGACAAAAGACUGUACGUCCACUUGUGUUACGUAACUCCCGAGAAGUCCCACACCUCCACGCCUCAGUUUCCAGUUGUGCAAAACUAUGGGUGUAUGGUUGAAAGCAAGGACAGUCGCUCCAGAUACAUCCCAUACAAAAGCAAUGCUGUGAGAUUCUCUGUGGAUGCCUUCUUGUUCAAGGGAAUGAUGGGCCAGCAGCUCUACAUGCACUGCUCCAUGUCUGUGGGAAGCUCUGUCCCGACACCUACGGCAAAGUCCUGCAACUACAACACAAAAACAAAAAGAUGGGUUGAGCUGUAUGGACCAGACUCGGUUUGCACCUGCUGCGACUCCAACUGUAGCUCUGCUGCAUCUACAGGAACCAAAAUAAUCAGCAGCCGGCCGUGGACCAUAGAGUCUAAAGCGAAACCCAACACAACCUCAAAGCGGAAGAAGGUCUCCACCACCACCACAACAACAACAACAACAGCAGCAGCAGCACCAAAAAAACAGUCGACCAGAGAGGUAACUGAGUCGACGACGAAUUCACAGCCUAAAACAAUACCAGAGCAUCUAAUCGGUAAGGUGGAGGACACGCUGCAGGAGUUAGAGUGGCCAUUCGGAGGCGAAGGACUGACGUGGUUUGAGGUGGAGGGUGAGGAAAAGCAGGUGAAAGGCUCUGCUGUUGUGGAGGAGGAGGAGGAGGAGGAGAAAAAGAUGGAGGUCACACAACCUUACACAAUAUUUGAAGAAAUCUUUGAUUUUGAUGAAUAAAGCAGUGCAGUGAUGAAUUCAAUUUGGUUGGCUCAUUACAUGACUCCUCAAUGAGCUCAAAGCAAUAAUCUAGAGGUCGACGGUAAUGAGUUAUA